GUUUGCUUCAAAGCACACUUUCUUGCAUAUUGUUUAAAAAAAUACUAAGAGAAAAAUUGUUAAAAAAUGACAUUUUUAUCAAGCAUAUAGGAUGUAAAUAGCUCUUGAAGUUUGUAUAAAAAUAAUCUAUUGAUUUUGAUGGAAGUGAAAACAUUCGAUUAAUCCAACAUGUGGAAAAUAACUUCAUUCGAUGAGACGCAAUAUUUGUUGUUGAUAUAAACUAAAAAAGAACAAUAGACCCCACAAAAUUGCGAGAAUCACAGCUCCAGUGAUUUAUCCGUUCGUGUAUUGAGGGAUGAAUGUGGAAUUGCGUGACUUCGAAUUCAGUGACUCAGAAACAGAACUGUUACUUGAAUCGUCGAACAGCGGUCGCACAUCAAAUCGUGUGACAUACGGAGGACGCUCCGUUCGUGGCCCUAGGAGGCAACCGUUCAAGAUGGGAAACUUUUUGAAAAGCUUAUGCUGUUGCUGGUGCUGGGCAUGGCGAAGAUGGUGCGCAUCCAAGGAGCUGAAACCUCGGACGAUUAUGAUUGGGCAACCAUCGGUGGAAAAGUUCCCCCCGAAUGAAAUUCGUAAUCAAAAGUACAAUAUCUUCACCUUCCUUCCGCUGGUACUGUUUGAGCAGUUUCGGUUUUUCCUAAACCUGUACUUCCUACUCAUGGCGGUCAGUCAGUUCAUUCCGGACAUUAGAAUCGGAUAUUUGUACACCUACUGGGGGCCGUUAGGGUUUGUUCUGGCCGUAACCAUUUGUCGUGAAGCAGUCGAUGAUUUGCGACGGCAUAAACGCGAUCGAGAAGUCAAUUCGCAAAAGUAUAAACGAUUCGUGAAUGCUGAAAAACCACCAGAGUCGGUUUCCUCUUCCAAGUUGAAGGUUGGUGAUAUCAUCAUGGUCGAGAAGGAUGAACGUGUUCCGGCAGAUUUGAUACUACUCCGCACCAGCGACAAAAGUGGAGCUGUGUUCGUCCGAACUGACAUGCUAGACGGUGAAACGGAUUGGAAACUUCGCUUGGCUGUGCCGGCUACACAGAAAUUGGCAUCCCACAGUGACCUGUUCAACAUUGGUGCUUCGUUGUACGUAGAAAAACCACAACGAGAUAUUCACACGUUUAUAGGAACGUUUUCAAAGUUGGAAGGUUCUGAAGAUGAAGGUCUUAGUGUGGAAAGUACACUGUGGGCAAACACAGUAGUUGCUUCUGGGACGGCUGUUGGAAUCGUCAUUUACACGGGAGCUGAAACACGAAGUGUUAUGAACAAUUCUCAGCCUCGUUCGAAGGUUGGACUGCUGGACUUGGAAAUUAAUGGUCUAACUAAAGUGCUGUUCUGUGCUGUGAUUGGGCUUUCGUUUGCGAUGAUGUGCUUGAAGGGAUUCAAUGGACCAUGGUACCGAUACAUGUUUCGGUUUGUGCUGCUGUUCUCAUACAUUAUACCGAUCAGUUUGAGAGUUAACCUUGAUAUGGGUAAAGCGUUCUAUUCCUGGCAAAUUCAAAACGACGAAGAAAUACAAGGAACUGUAGUUCGAUCGACAACAAUACCCGAGGAAUUGGGUCGGAUAUCCUACCUGUUGACGGAUAAAACUGGAACGUUAACUCAGAACGAAAUGAUUUUCAAAAAAAUUCACGUCGGAACAGCCGCCUAUGGGAGAGAUACCUUUCCGAUGGUAUCCGCAGCUAUACAAUCAGUAUACAACAGCAUCUCAGCACAAGCAGACGGAUCACCUGAAAAACCUACCGGAUAUCAGCCGAGGCUACGAAAGCCCGACGGUUGGCGUAUCUGGGAAUCGGUGAAAGCGUUGGCUUUGUGCCACAAUGUGACACCGGUGUAUGACAAUGGCAAUGGAGGGAACGGAAUCAAUGGUGGUUCGGAGCGCAGAAAUUCACCAUCCAGAUCGAUUUCGAUGGAAGCACAAGAAUCAGUGAAGUUACUCGAAAAAACGUACCAAGCAUCCAGUCCGGAUGAAAUUGCACUCGUGAAAUGGACUGAAGCUGUUGGGCUAACCCUCAUUAAUCGUGAUUUGAAUCACAUGACUUUGCAGAUUCGUGAAAAGGAAACCCAAAGCUCGUCAAUGAAUGAAAAUGCGUCAAUCAACACCACCGUCACAAAUUUGUCGGGUAAUUCUAAAACUGACCUCAACUCACCCUCAAGUUCCGGUAGUGUCGUGUCACUCAACACAUUUGCCGGAGGUAUCAUGAAGUACCAGAUUCUUCAAACAUUCCCGUUCACAAGCGAAAACAAACGAAUGGGAAUCAUUGUGAAAGAACUGAAUAGCGGAGAAAUAACGUUCUACCUGAAGGGAGCGGAUGUGGUGAUGUCUGCUAUCGUACAGUACAACGAUUGGCUUGCCGAAGAGAGUGGCAAUAUGGCACGCGAAGGUCUUCGCACACUAGUGGUGGCAAAAAAGAUCCUCACCGAGGACCAGUACAGUGAUUUUGAAACGCGAUACAAUGCUGCUAAAGUUAGUGUGACCGAUCGGGUAACAAAAGUGGCCGCUGUAAUCGAAAGUCUAGAGCGAGAAAUGGAGCUACUGUGUUUAACUGGAGUGGAAGAUAGGCUACAGGAUCGCGUGAGACCAACGUUGGAAUUACUGCGGAACGCAGGCAUUAAAAUUUGGAUGCUUACAGGAGACAAAUUGGAAACUGCUACAUGCAUUGCCAAAAGUUCACACCUGGUAGGAAGAAACCAAAAUGUUCACGUUCUGAAAAGUGUCCUAACCAGAACCGACGCACAUUUGGAGCUGAAUCAGUUUCGGCGAAAGCAAGACUGUGCUUUGGUUGUAUCGGGUGAAAGUUUGGAGAUCUGUCUUCAGUACUAUCAACCGGAGUUUAUGGAGCUUGCUACCGCUUGUCCAGCGGUAGUUUGUUGCCGUUGUAGCCCCACACAAAAAGCCCAAGUUGUCUCGUUGAUCCAGAAAUAUUCCGGUAAGCGUACCUGUGCCGUUGGAGAUGGAGGAAACGACGUUAGCAUGAUUCAACAAGCCGAUGCCGGUAUUGGUAUUGAAGGUCGCGAAGGAAAGCAAGCAUCCCUGGCGGGGGAUUUCAGUAUUCCGCAGUUCUCGCACAUCGCAAAACUGUUGAUCGUGCACGGUCGAAGAUCGUACAAGCGGUCUGCCGCUUUGUCGCAGUUUGUCAUCCAUCGAGGUUUGAUCAUAUCUACCAUGCAAGCUGUUUUUUCGGCUGUAUUCUAUCUCUCCUCCGUGGCCUUAUAUCAAGGGUUUCUAAUGGUGGGCUAUGCAACGGUUUACACGAUGUUCCCAGUAUUUUCACUGGUGCUGGAUCAGGACAUUAGCUCGAACAUUGCGUUAACCUAUCCGGAGCUUUACAAGGAACUUUCGAAGGGUAGAAGUUUGAGCUACAAAACGUUUUUCAUGUGGGUGCUGAUAAGCAUUUAUCAAGGUGGCGUAAUCAUGUACGGAGCGUUGAUUCUCUUUGAGGACGAGUUCAUUCACAUAGUUGCAAUCAGCUUUUCAGCGUUGAUAUUAACAGAGCUUAUCAUGGUUGCGCUGACUAUCAGAACGUGGCACAAACUUAUGGUGCUCGCAGAACUGUUUAGUUUAGUGUUGUACAUAAUCUCACUAGCGGUACUUCACGAAUAUUUCGACUGGGAAUUCAUCUGGUCGUGGGAGUUCCUGUGGAAAGUUCUGGUGAUCACACUCGUCUCCUGUCUGCCACUAUACAUUCUAAAAUUCUUGCGGAAAAAGUUUUCUCCCCCGUCGUACUCAAAGUUGUCUUAGGUCUACCAAAGGAAGAAAUUAUUUAGGACACUGGCUGUCAAUAUUUCGACUGUAAUAAAACUGAAUGACAGGUUUAAAGCUUUCUUCGAUAACUGUGUUUUCGCAUAUAGUCACUUAUAAUUUAUUAAAGCAUUAGUCAAUUGACGACACUGUUUUCUUGUUGCACACUUUUCAAUUCUAUAGUUUACCGUGUUCUGAAACAUAUUAAAAUUGUGACAUUUUCGAAACCGUUUUAUAUUGCAUUCUAAAAUAAUCAUCAAGUAUUAUAUAUGACCAUACUCAAAAGAACUGUUUUCGUUUUAAUUCAUUAACCUGUUUUAUAGAACUAAAAUGUGAAUACACGAAGGAUGCGAUUUCAGCUAAGAAUUACUAUUUCCGUUACUCUGUGAUUCGCAUUGCAUAGUUAGUUUUUCCGUGAUAUAUUUUAGGUAUUCGUAUAACUGGAAACAAUUACAAAUUCAACGUUUUCGUGUUUGAAAUAUCUAUUUGUUUUUCGUUUCGAAAGAAAUAUCUAUAGUAACUUGUUUCGAAUCCAGUGAAUCGUCAGAAUAAUAAUAAUAAUAAUAAUACAUUAUGUAAAAUUAUUGAACUGUUUAUUUUUGUGACAGUGUUGAUGCAGCGUCACAUCAGCAGUAGUAUCAGCUAGGAAUGAUGAAUGAUCAGAUGUGCAGAAAGAAUGGCCGUCGUCUAAGGCGAUGAAUGACAGAAAAGGAGAGACUUUAAUAACUAUUAGUUGGUAAAAAAUAAAUCAGACUAGUUUGACUGAA